GUAGAGCAGCGACGAGGGAGCGAGGGAGCGAGCUGCUUCCGCACUGAUAUGGGACGGCUGUUUAAAUGUCGACGACUUGGGUGUUUGGAGUUUAUGUGUUGGUUAAUUUGAUGUUUUGAUUUUGGAUAUGAGUGUGGCUGGUGUUUGAGCCUUAAAUGUCAGUGUUUGGACUGUAAAAACCACCAUGAUGACCAUCGUCUGUCUCCUGUUGUGGCUCUUCCACUGCGGCGCAGCUGAAGCAGAAGUCCCCCCCCCAGGGGACCUGACCAUGAGCACCUUGAACACCAACUACGCUCUGAACUGGGACUGGAACUGGGAGCCGGAGUCCAACGUCACCUUCAGGACAGAGUUUGUUGCUAAAUACAAGCUAAAACAGAAGAACCCGAGAUGGACCACAGCAUGUGAGGAGAUAAGGGAGCGGUCAUGUGACCUUACAUUCUUCAACCUGUACUACCGGGGUCUCUACUGCAUCCGUGUACGAGCCAACGUGAACGGGAGUCACUCGGGUUGGGCUUUCAAGGAUUUCUGUCCCGAUAAAGAAGCCGGCAUCGGCCCCCCCUCCAGAGUGGUCCUGGGUGUUGCUGGGAGUCACCUGGACGUGGUGAUCACUGACCCGCUGACCAGCACCAACACGUCCAUGAAGGAGAAUCUCCCUGACAUCCAGUACCAGGUCCUGUACUGGGAGAGGGACGGGGAGGAACAGGACGUGGAGAUGCAGACCCUGAACACCACGGCCACCAUGGUAACGUUACCCAACAUGAGGUCCUGGACCUGGUACUGUGUGAGGGUCCAGUCAGUCCAUGAGUUCUACAGCAAGAGGAGCAGCUUCACCGCCCCACACUGCAUGCAGACUGAAGGUCCCAUUCCCUGGUGGCAGAUCUGUCUGAUCUUCCUGGGUUCCCUGCUGAUCUGCUUCCUGUUGGUGGCUCUGUCCCUGGUGUGCUGGUUCUGGUUCUUCCAGACCUGCAGGGAGCUCUUCUUCCCUAAGCUGCCCACAUUCUUCAAAACGUACCUUCUGGACUCACCCGGCUCCAACAAUCCUCACCUCGUCCUCUCGGACUCAGAGACGGAGCUUCUGUAUGAUCACGUGAUCAUCUGCCCAAACCAAGUUGCCGUGGAAACGGCCGACCCGCCAGCCGAGGCCUCUCCCAGGACAGCCCCAGCGGGCCUGGAGCCAGACAGCAGCUCUCUACACGGCUAUCAGGGCAGCAGCAGCAGCGGCAGCAGCAGCAGCGGUAACAGCAGUGGCAACAGCAGCGGCAGCAGCAGCGGUAACAGCAGUGGCAACAGCAGCGGUAGCAGCAGCAGCAGUGGAGACUCUGGAGUUUUCUCAACGGGCGAUGCCUCCAGCAUCCACCAGACCUUCCCAGACCUGGGCGACAGCAGCGGAGGCUCCUCCCAGCUCCAGCACAUGAAGAUGGAGGUGGUGGAGGACGACCCCAAACAUCCACCUGGUGCUGCAGACAAGGGCUUUGUGGAUGUGUGUGUGUAACGGCUGGUUGAAGGAAUAUCAACCAGGACCGGGGGUUUGUGGGCAGGAGGGCGGCCCAGCUGCCAUGGGGGUGUGGCUGACCCAGGAGUCAUAGAAACCUGCAGGGAGUUGGACCCAAACACCCUCUUCAUGCCCGUCUGCAUGGACCAGCUUUUUCAUGCUUGGAAGGAUUGCCAUUGACUCUGAAUGGGAAACCAGGACUGGUGGAGGACGGGUGGUGGGUGGGUUGUUACAAAACUACAGUUAACCUAAUUACAUAAGAGAACACCAGUAGAUAAUUUACUUAGAACCAACAUGGAGCCAGCUAACAAUCUGAUAUGGGCCCAGUUUUCCUCCCAUUUCCAUCCCAUGUGCAGCCAUGUACAGGUGCCUUUAGUGUCUACGGGUUUUAUAUACGUGAAUUUGUUUUGUUGUUUUUUAAUUUUCUUUUUUUUUACCAGAUUCAUCACAUGUAAAAUCUCUGUUGAUUUUAAUUAAAAAUGAGAUGUAUAUGCGAAGCAUUAACAUUUUUUCCACGAGGGUAUGUUGGUGUCAGUGUGCAUGUUCAUGUCAGCACUUAAUCUACAUUUAUCACUGUUUCUGUAGACAACUACACUCCAGUGUGGAAGCCUCUGGAACAGUUCUGACCACAGGAGUACGGAAGAGUAUUAGGGCCAGGCAGGAGAGAAAUACAAAUAUUAUUUUAGAGGAGGAAGAUUUUUUUUUUUCAUUAUUCACUGCGAGAAAAAAAUGUCGAGAAUAAUGUACAAUUUUGAGAAAAAAGUCGAAAUGUCGAGAAAAAAGUCGAAAUGUCGAGAAUAAUGUUAAAGUACAAUUUUGAGAAAAAAGACAAAAUGUUGAGAAUAAAGUUGAAAUGUUGAGAAAAAAGGCAACAUUUUGACUUUAUUCACGAAAUUUCGACUUUAUUCCUGAAAUUGUAUUUCAACAUUAAUCUCGACAUUUGGACUUUUUUCUCAACAUUUCGCCUUUUUUCUCGAAGUGCACAAUAAAAAAAAAAUCUUCCCCUCUCAAAUACCUCUUCUCCUGCAUGGCCCUGAUACUCUUCCGUACAGGAGGGCAUAACGAUCUGCUGUGUUGACACAAGUACCUGACAAUGACGUGCUCCUAAGUAGGGGGUCGUCCAAAUCUCUCCAAAUCUUGUGAUACCACUUUGUUCCACUAGAGGUGCACUUUUGUGCCUGGAAGAGUGCGUUUGAAGCCUCUUAUUUUGUGCCAUUGCACGGUGCCAUGUUGGUAGCAACACCUGUUGAUCCACUUCCGUUCAGCUACUGCCCAUUGACCACUUUAGCCUUGCAGAGUCCUUAUUUCAUACGCUGCUACCAAAAGAACAUCCAGAGAACGUGCUGCCGAAGCUAAAGCUCCGUUUGAAGCUGCGGUUGCUCAGCCGCUCACGGAUGGACAGUGAUCUCCCGUUCCAGUGCAGUCCUAGCUUCAGCUCUGGCUGCAUUCACUCUGGAUUUCAUUGGCUAGUGCAGGGGUCAGCAACCCCUCUAGAGCCGCAUGCGCCGCCCUAGUGGCUCCCCGGAGCUUUUUAUAAAAUGUUUGACCUUUUUCCUUUCCUUUUUCAAUCUCGACAUUUCAACUUUUGUCUCGAAAUUUGGACUUUUCUCUCGACAUUUCGACUUUUUUCUCGAGAUUGUACUUCAACAUUAAUCUUGACAUUUCGACUUUUUUCACGAAAUUUUGACUUAUUUCCUCGACAUUUCGACUUUUCUCUCAACAUUUCGACUUUUUUCUUGAAAUUUUGACUAUUUCCUCUGCAUUUUUCUCAACAUUUCAACUUUUUUCUCAACAUUUCGACUUUUUUCUCGAGAUUGUACUUCAACAUUAAUCUUAACAUUUCGACUUUCAUCUCGAAAUUUUGACUUUUUUCUCGACAUUUCGACUUUUUUCUCAACAUUUAGACUUUUUUCUCGAAGUGCAUAAUGAAAAAAAAUACUUCCGCCAGUUAUAACUAAUAUAGAAACAUGCAGCAUGUGUUGCCUUCAUUCUAAAGCUGAUACAAGACUUUUCAUUUUUUGCGGCUCCAGACAUGUUUGUUUUUUGUGUUUUGGGUUGCCGACCCCUGGGCUAGUGGUUGGGUCAGUCAGUUUGGAAGGUCCUGAAACGAUGCAGAAUGGAGGUUGCCAACAUAUGCAUUAUGCCGACCCCUGUAAAUACCAGGUGGCGAUCUAAACCGUUGCUGCAGUCUGGCUCUGUCUAUAGUUGUACAUAGUAAAACCAUCAUCAGUCCUGACAGGCAUUUAGGACAGAAGUUGAUGAUUAAUCUGCAACUGAUCAAUCAUUAUUGCACGUUUCAGAUCUUGUGGAAUCCUGUCAGUGAGUCUCAUAACUUCAUUUUCUGUGCAUAUUAUAUCUGUUUUGCCUCAUCUUUAUCGUCAUUGUCUGUUAAGUCUGUAUGAAAGUAUUCCAGGAAGCAGUGGAAGUUUGUUUGAGCUGAUAUGAUCAGCUGUUCCAACACCGCUGUGAACACACAAACUCAUUAAACGAUCUCAAUACCAAA